ACGACUGGCUGUCAACGGGUAUUCGGUGAACCCGGUACCGAUGUAAAUCAGCUGUUUUAUUGUUAUGGAACGGAGUGUCGGUUUUUGAGGUACGUGUACAAAUUUUCAAAAGGUGUAUUUUCCUACUUUUGUUGACCAAUUGGAGUGGUUCUUAGUUCAAAAUGUGUGUUUUGAUAUUCUGUAGUUGCUAAACUCCGGAUAUUGGAAUCUGUGAAGCAUAAAUAUGAAAUUUUUCAAUUAUUUCACAGGAUUGCUUCCGCCGUUUUAGAGAAUACACCUUUAAAAAAUUUGAUGUUCCCCCGCCCCUCCUCCCGCAAAAUGGUGACUCGAUAUGCCCCUUAGGCGGUUUGUGCAAUUUAUUUUAAAGCUAAAAAGGAAUCAAAGAGAUGCAAUGAAGAGGGUUAAAGUCAAGCGCAACUGUCCAAACCCUCUAUUCAUCCAGUGGCUUGAAGAAUGGAAAGACGACGCUGCUUCUAAAGGCUCUGAAAUGCAGCACUGCUUUGGAAAAGCCCUGACUAGUCUGAAGCAGUGUCCUCUGACAAUACCCUCUGGAAGAGAUUGUAAAAUUUUGCGCAAUUUUGGUCCCAAGUUAUGUGCUAUGCUGGACAAGAAAUUGGAAGAAUAUAAAGCACAAGGUAAUGCCAUACCCGUCAGGUCAGCAAUAGACUAUGGACAGGAGGACCAACCAAAACGAAGGAUAAAGAAAUCUGUGCCUGAUGAGCAGAUGAAAAACAAUGAGAAUACGAAACACAACAAAGAAAAUCCUGGAGAGGCUGAGCAGAGAGCACCAAGAAACCAUCCAGCCCACAGACCCUAUAUGCCUGCCUGGAGAUCUGGGGGCUAUGCAAUUCUUUUAACACUUUACGAGAAGAGCAAGGAUCCAGGCUACAUCGGGUACAUGGGGAAAGACGAUCUGCAGUCAGGCGCUAAACAUCUGUGCGAUCAUUCGAUGACAAAAGCAACUCCUGGUACUCGCUACAAUGCAUGGUCAUCGAUGUCGACUUUAAUCGAAAAAGGACUUGUGCUUAAAAGUAACAAUCCUGCGAGGUAUAGGCUCACAGACGCUGGAUUAGCCAUGGCUAUUCAAUUGGCUGAUAAUCCUGAAGACCCAACAGCUCUUAUAGGAUGCAGCAGCAAUAGUAGCAAAGAACAGCUAGUUGAAAAAAAAAAUUCGAAUGAAGAGAACAUUACCAGAAAUUCGAGAUCUCCUAAUCAAACUAGAGACGAAGUAUUACUUCUGAGCUCUGGCUCCAAUUCCCCAAACGGAUUCACUAAAGAUUGGCAAACUGCUUUGCCAAAUCAAAUAAAUGUUGAAAAUAUCCAGACUAACUUCUCUCCAAAUUACAAAGACAAACCUGGUUUUCCUGAUACCAGAGUGCCCCAAAGCAGAGAUCAGGAAAGUUCAGGCAGCAGCUACGAUAACGUCAUUUUCGCUCCAAACACAUUUGACAUUGUUUUAUUAGUUGACAACGGGGAAAUAGCCGGGGGAAAUACAUUAGCGAAAGAUGAUGCUACAAUUGCUGAAUUAACGAAAACGAAAACGAAGUUUGAAGUACGUGAUUUGAAAGUAGGAGAUUUUACUUGGAUAGCGAGGUCUAGAGACUCUGGAGUGGAACUCAUUCUUCCAUAUAUCAUGGAGAGAAAAAGAAUGGAUGAUUUUGCUGCAAGUAUCAAGGAUGGGAGGUACCAAGAGCAAAAGUGCAGACUCAAGAAAUGUGGGAUACCAAAUAAAUGUUACCUUGUAGAGAGCUAUGGAAAUAAUAAUCUGCAUCUUGGGCUGGCUGUAACAAGUAUUUUUCAAGCAGCUACCAAUACCCUGGUACAAGACGGCUUUGAUGUAAAGUACACAAACAGUCACAGAGAUACAAUGUUGCAUCUGGCAGGCAUGACCUUUUUAUUGACUAAAAUUUAUCAAGAGAAAACUCUUAUCGCGUGUAAAAAGGAGGACUUGAUUGACUCAGAUGUCACAAGCAGCUUGACGCAACUGAUGGUCUUUGAUGAAUUUAACAAAGCAGCCGCAAAAGUGAAGAAAUUCAAAGUGAAGGAAAUGUUCAUUCAGCAAUUGAUGCAACUGAGCGGGAUAUCGAUGGAAAAAGCUUUUGCUAUUGUCAAUGUUUAUCCUACUCCCAAAACACUGAUAAAUUCCUUCAAGGCAUCCGGUACCGCCGGAGAAAAUUUAUUAAGUCAUGUAGAAUUUGGAACAACAAACCGACGAUUGGGAUCUGCAAUCAGUAAAACUCUGUACCAAUUUUACACAAGAAAAGACCUUUGAAAAACCGGAGUGAUUCAGAGAUACUAGUGUUCUGCUGGAUUGAAAAUUCGCAUGUAUUUUAUUUUUUGAACAUAAAAGAGUACUCGGAUUACCUUGCAAUAUUA